CCGGAGGCGAAAUCCAAGCGGAAGCCCCACAAGUGCGAGGAGUGCGGCCGGAUCUUCAACUGGAGGAACCACCUCGUCCGCCACCAGCGCCUGCACACGGGCGAGAGGCCCUACAAGUGCUCGGUCUGCGGGAAGGGCUUCAAUGACGGCUCGCCACUGCCCCCCCCAGGGCAGAAGCCCUACAAGUGCUUGGAUUGCGGGAAGAGCUUCAGCCAGAGCUCCCACCUCAUCUCCCACCAAGUGGUCCACACCGAUGAGAAACCCUACGUCUGCCCCGACUGCGGGAAGAGCUUCGCCCGGCAGCAGUAUCUCCUCAUGCAUCGUCGGGUCCAUACGGGUGAGAUACCCUACGAGUGUCGGGAUUGCGGGAAGAGUUUCCGCAAGGGCUCCGACCUGGUCCGACACAAGACGGUCCAUACGGGCGAGAAACCCUUCAAGUGUCCCGUCUGCGGGAAGGGGUUCACCCAAAAUUUCCGCUGCAACGCCCACAAGAAGGUCCACAGCAAGGAGCCGGUCGAGCAGCCGACGUCUCCAGCCCAGGCCGGCCUCAAGAGCGGCCGGGAGAUCCCGCUUCUGCCAG